AUGGACAGCAUUGGCAACCGUUCGAAUCGUUGCUCGGCGUCUAGUCUCCUUGGUAUCGUACUUCUACUUAUCAGCCGAGCAAGUCCAACACAGCCAGACGAAGUACAUAGCUCUUUUCAUCCAUUUCACGAUGCGCCCUCGCCAUUUAACAAGCCCACCGCGGAUACUAUCCUGCGCUCUGCGGACCUCGUUGAGUUUCGCGUACGGAAGAGCAUCUUGAUUGAGGCUUCUAGCCCUUUCGAAGGGAUGUUCUCGUUGCCCCAACCUCCCAUUGGUGAUGACCAGAGUGGCGAUACUCAGGCUGAGGGUGGACUGGAAAGCAGAGACGGGCUCCCAGUCAUCCCCAUGGCAGAAGACAGCCGCACCAUCGAGAAAUUAUUACGCAUCUGUUAUCCAGGUCGUCACCCGGCGAUAGACGAUUUGAUGACCUUACGGACCCUGUUGGCCGCGGCGACGAAGUAUGUGAUGGAUGAAGUUACGGAAGUCCUAAGGGAUGCAUUGUGUGCCUUCGCGCAAACGAUGCCUCUUCAAGUUUAUGCCUUUGCGAUCCAAUACAGAUUUGAGAAGGAGACGAGGGAGGCAGCACGGCGGUUCCUCAACCACAAGUUCGUCCUCGAAAAUGUGCCUGAACUGGCCAAUAUACCUGCCAGUGCAUAUUGCCGACUUCUCACUUACCGCGAACGUUGCAGUCAGAUUGCUAGAGAGAGUCAAGACGCGAUAAGGAAAUUGACUUUUGCUGAUGCUGCUUUUGCAAGAUUUUGA